AUGUCUCGAGUUUCAUCAACGCCGGUGGAUCCCAGUGAAGCGUAUGCGCUUAUCACAAAGAACUUACAGGAAGUUUUGAAUGCGCAAAUCAUCAAAGACGUUCUGGAGGUUCAAAAGAGACCCCUGAGGUUGUACUGGGGCACUGCUCCAACGGGACGUCCUCACUGUGGUUACUUCGUUCCAAUGACCAAAUUGGCACAUUUCUUGCGUGCCGGUUGUGAAAUUAAAGUUUUGCUUGCGGAUUUGCACGCCUUUCUCGACAACAUGAAAGCGCCGCUAGAAGUGGUGCAAUACAGAGCCAAGUACUACGAAUUUGUUAUCAAAGCUUUGUUGAAAAGUAUGAAUGUGCCUAUCGACAAGCUUAUCUUCGUAGUAGGUAGUUCCUAUCAACUAAGUGCGAAAUACACCAUGGACAUUUUCAAACUUUCUAACGUUGUUUCGCAAAACGACGCCAAGAGAGCUGGCGCCGACGUUGUUAAGCAAGUGGCCAACCCUCUUCUCAGUGGGCUAAUUUACCCGCUCAUGCAAGCUCUAGACGAAGAGCAUCUCGACGUCGAUGCCCAAUUUGGUGGUGUGGACCAAAGAAAGAUUUUUGUGCUUGCAGAGGAAAACCUUCCAAGUUUGGGUUACAAGAAAAGGGCGCAUUUGAUGAACCCAAUGGUUCCAGGUCUGGCGCAAGGCGGCAAAAUGUCAGCUUCUGAUCCAAACUCUAAAAUCGACAUCCUCGAAGAACCUAAAGUUGUCAAGAAAAAGAUUAAUAGUGCUUACUGUGCUCCGGGUGUUAUUGAGGACAAUGGUCUCAUUGCGUUUAUUGAAUACGUUGUUGCUCCUAUUCAGGAAUUGAAGCACGGUGCCAACCACUUCACGUUCCCAAUUGAUCGUCCCGAGAAGUUUGGUGGCCCCAUCGUUUACAGCUCCCUCGAGCAACUCAAGGAAGAUUUCAAAGCUGAGAAAUUGGCUCCUCCUGAUUUAAAGAUUGGUGUCAGCGAUAUCAUUAAUGAACUGUUGGCUCCAGUCAGAGAAGAGUUCUCCAAGAACCCGGAGUUUCAAGAAGCGCAAGCCAAGGGUUACCCCGUGGUCACAGAAGUGCAGAAGAAGAAGCAGAAGAAGCCGAAGAACAAGGGAAAUCGGUAUCCUGGUGCUCAAGCGGCAACCGACGCCAAAGUAGAUGCCGUUGUGCAAAAGGUUGAUGAUGUAAAGCUAGAAUAA